GCUUCCUCCUUGCAUUUGGCGGGAAACGCACAAAGCCACUGUGUGUGCGCGCGCGCGCGUGUUGAGUGCGUGAGAGAGGAAGACACGCUAACGAACAGCCGGAAAAAAAAAAGGUAGAAGAUGGGAGAUGAAGGGGACGGCGGAGCCGCCGGUGGGGAUGAGAUGGUGGAGGAAGAGUUUUCAGUGUGGAAGAAGAACACCCCUUUUCUCUAUGAUCUGGUCAUUUCUCAUGCUCUGGAGUGGCCAUCUCUCACCGUCCAAUGGCUUCCUCUGCCACCGCCCCUCCACGAUGGCCCUCUUGCCGUCCACAAGCUGGUUCUUGGGACCCACACGUCCGACGACUUCCCCAAUUUCCUCAUGCUGGCCAACGUUCACCUCCCUAGAGACCCCGCUUCCGCUCUCCAUCCCGACCCCGAUGAUGUAAUCCCCAAGGUGGAGAUAGUGCAGAAGAUACAUGUUGAUGGGGAAGUAAAUAGGGCACGUUGUAUGCCACAAAAUCCAUCUGUUAUCGCUGCUAAGACCAGCAGCUGCGAGGUGUACGUGUUUAACUGUGAAAAUCAACUUAUAAAUCAGAGAGAGUCCUGUGACCCUGACCUGAGGUUGAGGGGACAUGAUAAAGAAGGGUAUGGAUUGUCAUGGAGCCCAUUCAAACAGGGGCACCUCUUGAGUGGAUCAAAUGAUUGCAGGAUUUGUUUGUGGGAUAUUUCUGCAUUGCCCAGUGACAAGGUGCUUGAGGCUUCUUUCAUGUAUCAGGAUCAUGAAAGCGUGGUUGAGGAUGUUUCAUGGCACUUGAAGAAUGAAAACUUGUUUGGGUCAGUUGGAGAUGAUUGUCGACUGAUAAUUUGGGACUCGAGGACAAACAGACCCCAGCAUUCCUUUCAAGUGCAUGAUAAAGAGGUGAACUAUCUAUCCUUCAACCCGUUCAAUGAGUGGGUUGUGGCAACAGCGUCAUCCGAUGCCACUGUUGGUCUUUUUGACAUAAGAAAGCUGAGUUCCCCAUUGCACAUUCUGGGUAGUCACACAGAGGAGGUAUUCCAAGUAGAGUGGGAUCCUAACCAUGAAACCGUGUUAGCAUCAUCAGCUGAUGAUAGAAGAUUGAUGGUGUGGGAUCUUAACAAGGUUGGGGAUGAGCAGUUGGAAGGAGAAGCUGAAGAUGGUCCUCCUGAGCUUCUCUUCUCUCACGGAGGUCACAAAGCAAAGAUAUCUGACUUCUCCUGGAACAAGAAUGAGCCAUGGGUCAUUUCAAGCGUAGCAGAAGACAACACCCUUCAGGUUUGGCAAAUGGCAGACAGCAUUUAUGGUGACGAUGAUGUUGCGGUGACAGCAGAUUUUCCAUAGCCAUUACCUUUAAUUAAUGGUUUUGUAUUGGCCUGAUCAUCGUCUGUGCUUGGUAGCGAAUGAAACAUUCGUUCUUGUGACUUACCCUUGGGGUAACAGAAUUUAUUGCUCUUGUUUCUAUCAUUUUGGUUAAUUUAGUCAAGAUUCUUCGUUGAGUCUGUUAAAAUUUUUUGUGCUAUUUUCAGGAUGUAGAAUGUAAUGGUCGGAACAAGAGAAUGUGUUAUAAUGCUCCGACUAGUGUCUAGUCAAGCCUUUUUUUUUCCUCUUUCCCUUUUGGAGGCACUUAAUUUGGUACAUUAGCAGAGGAAAGAUUGAAAAGGUUUUAAGUUAGAAAAGACAAUAAGAGAAGGUAACUUUCUUUGUUUUUGAGAGAAACGAAAGAGAAAGGAAGUCAACAGAUUAUUAGCUUGUGUUC